AUGACCAAGGUACCACCUGGAAACGAACCCGAGUUUAGUGGCAAGAAUGUGUAUAGUCCCACUGUGUUUACUCAGAAUGUGUAUAGUCCCACUGUGUUUACUCCGAAUGUUAAUAGUCCCACUGUGUCCACUCAGAAUGUGUAUAGUCCCACUGUGUCCACUCAGAAUGUGUAUAGUCCCACUGUGUUUACCCAGAAUGUGUAUAGUCCCACUGUGUUUACUCAGAAUGUGUAUAGUCCCACUGUGUCCACUCCGAAUGUGUAUAGUCCCACUGUGUCCACUCAGAAUGUGUAUAGUCCCACUGUGUCCACUCAGAAUGUGUAUAGUCCCACUGUGUCCACUCAGAAUGUGUAUAGUCCCACUGUGUCCACUCAGAAUGUGUAUAGUCCCACUGUGUCCACUCAGAAUGUGUAUAGUCCCACUGUGUUUACUCAGAAUGUGUAUAGUCCCACUGUGUUUACUCAGAAUGUGUAUAGUCCCACUGUGUCCACUCCGAAUGUGUAUAGUCCCACUGUGUCCACUCAGAAUGUGUAUAGUCCCACUGUGUUUACUCAGAAUGUGUAUAGUCCCACUGUGUUUACUCAGAAUGUGUAUAUUCCCACUGUGUCCACUCAGAAUGUGUAUAGUCCCACUGUGUUUACUCAGAAUGUGUAUAAUCCCACUGUGUUCACUCAUAAUGUGUAUAGUCCCACUGUGUCCACUCAGAAUGUGUAUAGUCCCACUGUGUUUACUCAUAAUGUGUAUAGUCUCACUGUGUUUACUCAGAAUGUGUAUAGUCCCACUGUGUUCACUUAUAAUGUGUAUAGUCCCACUGUGUUUGUUUAUUAA